AUGGCUUCCUCCCUCGUCGCACUCCACUCGCUUUCGGCUCUUUCCUUCAGCACCGCCGUCAAAGAGGACGGCAUUUUCGGCACAUCUGGCGGCUUCGGUUUCACGAAAGCCAACGAGCUCUUCGUCGGUCGUGUGGCGAUGCUCGGAUUCGCCGCGUCGCUCCUCGGCGAAGCCGUUAUCGGGCAAGGGAUCCUCUCGCAACUCAACCUCGAAACCGGAAUCCCCAUUACGGAGGCCGAGCCGCUCGUGCUCUUCUUCAUCGCGUUCACCGUGCUCGGCGCGAUCGGCGGGCUGGGCGACCGCGGGCGAUUCGUUGACGACGAGCCCGCUGGUCCGCCCGUGAAACCUGGCAAUUUCAAGGCCGGCUUGGACUGA